AUGCCUUUGAGAGUCCUGGUCAUUUUAUUUUGGUUUUUUAUGGAGCGAAGCACCCCAGAUAUUUGUGUGUUCUCCGGAGAGCACAUCACUGCACUUGAAGGUGAACCUUAUCACUUGAAAUGCUGCCUCAUCUGUUGAUCUCAUCAGAGAAACCCAUACUGUAGGUGGUCAAAACAAUAUGGAAAUAGAACAGUGGUCCUGAACCCAAGUGAGCGAAUCAUUUUUAAGGAUGAUGCUAUAGAAUUUUGGCCAAUUAAAAUGAUCGAUAAAGGAGUGUACUCCUGUGCAGUAGGAAAAAAUAAAAAUCAGUGGAAUAUAACUGUCACCAAAAGAAGUGAACAUUAUUGUUUUCACCCAAAAUAUUUAAUGACUAAAGAAGUAGAAGUUGGGAAAUCCUUAAGUAUAAACUGUACCCAUGAUUACUUCCAGACAGAGGCCUAUAAAAUAUCUUUAUUUAAGGACUGUUCUCCGAUUCCAGGGAAUCACAAAGCAUAUAUUCGGAAGAAUGCUGUGUGGAAUGAUGUAGGAAAUUAUACUUGUAUAUUUUUCCUUUAUAAAAAUGGAAGAUCAUUUAAUGUCACUAAAACUUUCAAUGUAAAAAUAAGAGAUAACACAGACAUAAUAUCAACACUAUAUGGGAACAGCAUUAAUUAUGUUGAAGCUGAAUUAGGAAAAGAGAAAGUACUCAACUGUACUGCCUUAAUGAGGGACCCAACUGGCGUAAUUUACUGGAAUGACGAGCACGAUAAUGAUACUAAUAUAUAUAAAGAGACACGAACAUACAGUGGAUCAAAUGGCAAGUUGUAUGUUUCCAGCCUACUGAAGAUUAAACUCGUUAAAGAAGAGAAUUUGGAUGUCUGGUAUAAUUGUACCCUGGCAUCUCCUGGAGUGUUAGAGACAAUAGGAUUCUUCUUGAAGAAGAAAGGUCCUGCUGAUGUUUCCAGACACAUUUUCAUUAUUGUCCUUGUAUCUUCAGCUGCAGUCAUUUUCCUAGUGAUUAUGUGUGUCAUUUAUAGAGUUGAUAUAAUUUUAUGUUACAGGGACCUAAUUAGAAGGGAUGAGACUUUAACAGAUGGAAAAGAAUAUGAUGCAUUUGUGUCUUACCUGAAAGACUGCCAACCAGAUAAUGGAGAAGAACACAAAUUUGCUCUCGAGAUUUUACCUGGAGUCUUAGAAAAACAGUUUGGCUAUAAAUUGUGCAUAUUUGAAAGGGAUAUAAUUCCUGGAGGAGCUAUUGUUGAUGACAUCCAUUCACUGAUUAAAAAAAGCAGAAGACUAAUCAUUGUCCUGAGUGAAAAUUACAUGUGUGAUAAAGUCAGAUAUGAACUUGAAAGUGGACUCCAUGAAGCACUGGUGGAAAGAAAAAUUAAAAUAAUCUUAAUCAAAUUCACACCUAUUAGUGACUUUACAUUCUUGCCACAAUCCUUGGAGCUUCUGAAAUCUCACAGGAUUUUAAAGUGGAAGGCAGAUAAGUCUCUUCCCUAUAAUUCAAGAUUUUGGAAAAAUCUUCGUUACUUGAUGCCUGCCAAAACUGCCAAGUCAAUUGUUUUUUCUUCAGAUUCCUUGGGAAAUGAAUCAUUGCCGGUUCUUUCAAAAGUUUAGUCUUCAAGAUGACCAAGUCAAGUGGCUGGUUACAAAGACAUCAAGAGGCUGUGUAAUGAAAGAUUCAAAUGAAAAUCAUCUCACUUCAUUCCAGCAAACUGAAGAGUUUAUUUAAAAUAAACCUUAUUUUGGAAUUGGUACAAACUUCCAUAUCUUCAUCAAAUUGAGAGUGACCUAAAUGAAGUCCUUUUUCCUCUUUAUUCUUCCAUUUUGCCAUGACCCCAUGUAUUGCUUACAGUCCCCAGAGAGGGAUGCAUGUACUUUGUAGCAUGUUAUAUUCGUUUCAGUAUUGAUCUUUAGUUCUGAAUGCUAAAAACACCAUUGGGUUAAGUGGUUAAUAUUUUUAAAAAGAUAAAGAACAUUUCAUGUAGAUUGAGUUAUGCACCUUCAUACUCUCUCAAUAAGCAUCUACUUCUCCACAGUGCCUAUGUGAAGUAUCUGAAGCCAGAAGGAAGGGGGAAAAUGGCAACCAUUUUAUCACUUAUAAUAAGUUAAAAAUGUGUUUAUUCCACAUCAGUGAUUCUCCAAGUGUGGUCCAAGACCCUUUCAGGGGGUCAGUAAGGUCAAAAUUAUGUUCAUAAUAAUACUAGGACAUUAUUUGUCUAUUUAGAAUGUUCCUCCUUUUUCCAACUAUGUUAUCUGUGCGAGGCCAGAUUUUCUUCAUGGACUUCAACCAAAACAACAUAUUACAGCUGACUGAGUGCAGAAGCAGAUGUGAGAAUCCAUCUGUCUUAUAUUAAACCACACAUUAAGGAGAUUUUGGAAAAUAUUUUUCAUAAGCACAAUCUCUGUUAAGAUAUAAUGGAUCUAUCAUAGUUAUUUUAAAAUGAAUUAAUCAAUUAAAAUUCGAUCAGUUUUAAUUUGUAUUAUAGUAAAUAUAAAUAGACAUAACUCAAAGAAAAAC